AUGCGCGUCUACUUGUAUUCCGCUCUUGUUGGCGCGGCAGCCGCUAACGGAGCUAGCGAUGCCGUUCUCGCAAUCGUAAAUUCUCUUUCUGGAGGAUCUCCCGCCCCUCCUGCUGCAGCAGCGGCUCCUACUAACGGAAAAGUCGAACAAAUCCAGAAGGCCUUGACAGAGGGCGCCAUGGCUUUUGCGCAGGCAUCUGCCUUUGCGCAAUCCGCUGGUCUCAGCGAAGGAGCUGCGGCUGCGUCGGGACUGGGUGGAGCGCCGGUUUCCGGAUCGAGUACGGGGGCAGCUUCGUUUCUCUCCCGCGGAUUGGAUGCCAGUCAAAUUUAUGUCCAAGGUUCCAAUCUGGAUCUAAUGGUUGGGCUAUUCCCACGGGGAAAAGCCCUGCGGAUCCCCCUCUCUAGAAAAAUCUAAAUCAGUAGACAUCUCUAGCAUUUCUAAUGCAUGGCAGUCAUCGCAAACAAUGUCAUGGGUUCAGUGAAGGUUAAAUCCGGCCGCAGUUGUGGCGCGGGCAUCCCGAGCAGCGGUUGCCCAAAAACUUGGUCUGCCGCCGGAAGUAUGUGCACCCCUCCAGCCGGUUACGCUGGCUAUUGCUCCGGAAUUCCCCUGGGCCUCUCCGCUGUCGAAGCUGAAGAAAUGGAGAUCUUCUGUGGCGUUUGUUACAUGGACAUGUGA